CGCCGGGAUUUGUGGACCGAACGCUGCGGCUGCCGCGUCGUCCAUCGCGGCGACGGAUUACGUGACGGCGGCAUGCUAUCCCCCGGGACCUCAGCUCACUCUGACCGGCACGCACCCUCAGCCCCACGUCGUUGAGAACGCGAUGACACCGACAUCGGCGCCGGUACCGACUCCGACCACGGCGUCGGGACCCAACAACCCGGUAGCCAUGAGCCAGCUGGGCACCGUUUAUGCAACUAAGAGGCGACGCCGGAACGGGAAAAGUUUGAAACCACCGCAGAAAGAUGGGGUAACCAAGUCGAAUCCAAGCAAACGGCAUCGAGAACGACUGAACGCCGAACUGGACACGCUGGCAUCGUUGCUCCCCUUCGAGCAAAAUAUUCUCAGCAAACUGGACCGACUCAGCAUCCUCAGACUCAGCGUCAGCUACUUGCGGACGAAGAGUUAUUUCCAAGUGGUGAUGCACAAAGACAAGGAAGAAAACUCGCACCACGAUUCGCACUAUCGGGCGAGGGAGCUGGCUGCGUUCGCCGCGUACGACCAUCACCAUCUCGACGGCGAAAUGUUUCUCCAGGCGCUGAACGGCUUUCUGCUCAUACUGACCUGCGACGGGGAAGUGUUCUUCGCCACUCACAGCAUAGAAAGUUACCUUGGCUUCCAUCAGUCCGAUAUCGUCCAUCAAAGCGUCUACGAGCUGGUCCACAGCGAGGAUCGGGAGGAACUUCAAAGGCAGCUGAUGUGGAACUCCUUUCUGCCCGCGGACAGUGCCAGUCUCCCCUUGCACGACGCCCUUUCACCUCAGCACAGUCAUUUUCUCGAGCGAAGCUUCACCGUCCGUUUCCGGUGUCUCCUCGACAACACAUCCGGCUUCUUGCGUCUGGACAUCAGGGGACGAGUGAAGAUACUCCAUGGCCAAAAUAGGAAGACAGAGGAACCACCGUUGGCUCUGUUCGCUCUGUGCACGCCGUUCGGACCACCCUCGUUGUUAGAGGUUCCGCAAAAGGAUGUGAUGUUUAAGAGCAAGCACAAACUGGAUCUGGCACUCGUGUCCAUGGAUCAACGGGGGAAAAUGUUAUUAGGGUACUCCGAUGCGGAGCUCGCGAAUCUGGGCGGCUAUGAUCUAGUCCACUAUGACGACCUGGCUUACGUCGCGAGUGCGCAUCAAGAACUUUUAAAGACCGGUGCAUCGGGCAUGAUAGCGUACAGAUUUCAAAAGAAGGAUGGUGGCUGGCAAUGGUUGCAAACUAGCUCCAGAUUAGUGUACAAAAACUCGAAACCUGACUUCGUAAUCAGCACACAUCGACCCCUCAUGGAAGAAGAGGGCAGGGACCUUCUCGGGAAACGAACGAUGGACUUCAAAGUUAGCUAUCUGGACGCUGGUUUGACCAACAGCUACUUUUCGGACAGCGACAACCUCAGUGGUUCCGUGAUGACGCCGACGCUGCAGAACCAACAGACGUCUCAGAGAGUGAAUAGGCGGUACAAGACGCAGUUGAGAGACUUCCUGUCGACUUGUCGGAACAAACGCACGAAACUCGCCGCGCAAUCGUCCGUUUCACCGCCUGUGACACCCACGGUCGCGUCCGUCGACUACCUCACCGCGGACACCAGCGCUGCAGCUGCCGUCGCAGCGGCGUACAGCAACCUGAACACGAUGUACCCGACUGCUUAUGCACCUACGGCAGUCGCUGCGAGUACGGACCCUUCGUUGACUACCUACAUCGGCCACACGGGCAACUAUCAUCAGACAUUGUACCCGGCGACCGCGUUGGACAAUAGGUAUCUCACGGCAGCAACAGAGAAUCUAUUCCAAUACAGGCCUCUCGGUUCCUAUUACCCCGAGUAUCACACGAGCACCGCGUACAACGGCUUUAUAGACGUCCCGCUGCCGACCUACGAGACCCACCAACUAACAAGCAAAGCUGAGGACAAACUAUAUUGCCAACAAUUAGGCGAGUCGCCCAAGUACAGUUACGUCGAAGCCAGACAUCCGAGUAGUGUAAGCGGUUCACCGUACGCGGCCAGUCCCGUCGCAAGCGCGUCAGCGAUGCACACCGCGACGGCUGACAUUAACAUCGUCCGCGCCGGCAGUCGACAUUCCUUAGAGGGUGGAGCCUCUUCCAGCAAUUCCGCCGGAAGUUCACCUGUGACGGGACCGACGAACGGCGUGCUCACCCCCAAAAUAGAGGACGUGAAACCGGAAGUUUACGGGAACGAGGCGCCCCGACAAACGGUUCUUAUGUGGGGCGCACCACCGGCUCGCACUCCGCCGAGGAACAACGGGAGCUACAGUCCACCCACGCCACAUUCUACUCACUCGUCCACUCAUUCGACCAACGCCGGCGAUCCCUUGAAAUCUCUGGCGGAGAUGAAUUCUAUGAACGGCGAGUGCAAGUGGAGGCAGACGUCUCCCAGUGAUCAACAAACGACGGCACCCAGCUCGCCGAGAAUCAAGGCGUCGCAACAGCAAGCUCAUCAGCACCAUCAACAACAGCAACCCCAGCAGCAGCAGCAGCAGCAACAACAACAACACCAACAGUAUCCGGUUGCCACUUCGCAGUAUCAGGCGGCGGCUGCUGCUGCAGCUGCAGCUGCGGCCGCGGCCGCGAGCACUAUCGGAUACGCGCACUCGCAUCCAGGCCAUGGCCACGGGGAAACGGGCUCCGAGCACGCCCCCGUCAGCUGUGGGAACGGGGACGGGAGUCGGCAUGGGCAUCGGGUCGGACAGCAACACCAGCAACAGCAACGUCUUAUACCACCCUCCGCACCACCACCACCCUCAGCAUCAGCACGCGGUGGGAUCAUCAGCGCCGGGAAUGGGCCCAACUGUCCCUCAGAUUCCAAACCGGACGCCGGGAGUCCUUUGCUGUCCAUCUCUGAGGUGACUAACACCCUGCUCAACCAAUAGUCUCUUGGUGACCUCGGCAUCGCUUCGUUUUAGUGAUCAAGGUAUCUCCAAAGGGACUGUUCCAUCAAUACCGAUCACAAAACGCGCGACUGUACCAUACAGAUAAUACCGGUUAAAGAGUGUUCCCGUAUACUGUUGUAACAUAACAUACUCAUUACAGUUAAUGCCCGGCGUACGUGCAUGUACGUCUGAAUUACGUUCAUUCGUUCGUAAUAUUGUUAAGUUAACACGAGAGUUCUCCGAGGAUCUAGUUCGUCGAUCGUGCAACCACGUGGACCGUCGCAAAAGUACGUCGAACAAAAUCUAGCGGAAGAGAAUUCAUGGUGAGUAUCGACGUUUAUCAGGAAAGUUCCGGUAUGUUUCCUAACGUUAACAUAUCACUCGGAGCGUAGCUGGCGUGUCUCUUUGAAUUCUCUGAUCGCAUCCUUUCUUACAAGUAUCCUCUAUCUCCUGUAAUUAUUAAAACACAUGAUCUCUGCCUUUCACGAAAAUCGUAAUAAUUUUCAACAAAGAGACACGCUCGCACUCUCUACCAUCUGAAUAGGAAAGGAAGUAACUCCGGAAUCUAUUGGGGAGCACAAAAUAAACGAAUCACCUCAAUCGAAUUACGUGAAACGCAACACACAACGGAAUUUAGUUUUUAAUUAGGCCCUUCGUAAUAUUGUGUGAUCGUGUACUGUACGUACUAUAUCGUUACUUUCUUCUUUCGUUGUUAACCCUUUGCGGUCCGGCCUAAUCGAUAAUGAGAUUGUGGAAUAUUCUCAAGAGGAAGAGAGAGAGAGAGAGAGAGAGAGAGAGAGUGGGACUUUGCGAGGGUUUAAUCGUGUCAUUGAGUGUAAUUAUCUUUUAAAUGGAGUACACAUGAUUCUGUGAUAUGUGUUAAGUAAUUUAAAGCGUGGCAAUUUUUCUAAAAGACACUUCAGAUUCGUUUAGGUAAAAUUGAAAACGUUAUCCGAUAACAGUCCAAGGAAUUUAGACGACGUAUGCAUAUCUCACUUUCUACCGAGGAAUCGAAUUAUGUCUUCGAGAAACAUUCUAUUUCGCAUUCCGAACUCUGACUAGAUGGACCAAAGUAUUAACGCAUUAAUAUCAUGUACGCUCGUACACAUUUUACGUACGUUUCACCCGCUAUUCGUUUAGAGCACACUCUAAACUAAUUCGAUUCCUAUCGAACGUCAAAGACAUCGUUGCGUAUUCCGUUGAACGGGCCAAGGCGAGGAGUAAAACGGUGGAGGACACUCUCGAUUCGGCUGGAACCUCAGUCUUGCCAAUGUUUUUGUUAAUAAGUUUGUAAUUUUUGUACUUAAUUAAUUUAUAUGGCUAUAUUUAUGUACACGCGCGUAAAUCGACGCUUAGCGAAGCUAGGCGAGCCUUCCAUAAUUUUAGAUGUAUACUAUUUCAUUUCGCGAAUGUAACGAGGAACGUGGGGGGGUGGGAAGUGGCUCGGGGACUGGAAGUCUCGACCGACUUCCCGUAGUAUCAAAUCAAUAUACAACAGAGACCAGGAAAAUUUUUCAUAAAACGAAAAAGCGAAGAGAAAAUAAAAAACGUGAUUUUAUUUUGCGUACACAUAUCAGAACGAACAGGGGAACGAGAGGAACCGUGUCACCCUUCUCUCGUGUGCACCCCUUCUCGGUUGCAAUCUUGAUAUAUAUAUAUAUACAAACAGAUAUAUAUGUAUACAUAAAGAUAUAUAUAUUGUAUUAUUUGCCGAUAGAGAGAAACGUUCGAAAUUUUAUGAAUGACGGUUUUCACCGGCGAAAUCCUCUUUUUUCCUUCGGAUCCGUGCGUUCUUUUGCAAACCUUCAAACUACAAUUUAUUCCGUAACUUUACCUACUUCAUGUCUCGUUGUAGUGUUAUACAAUAUACGAAACUAUUUUGCUAUGAUUCUUUGUAAAACAUUCCAGUCCGCUGAUCGGCUUUUUGCGACGCAGGACGAAUUUCGCGAACGACUCGAAGACUUGUUACUGAACGAAGGCCUCCUAAUUAAUUACGUUGAAAGCAUCUAAAUUUUCAAGUGUUUCAGGAUUGUUGACAAUAAUUUAUCUUUGCCGCAUAGUUUCGAGUAAAAAGACAUAAGGUAGACAGGAGGGAAAUUCGAGAAGAGAGCGAGGAAGUCAGUAACAAGCCUCGAGACCCAAUACUGUAAAUUCACAUCUUCGACCGUAACAAGCUUGAAACUACGUUUCUUUGCAAUAUCGUAUGAAAGGUCUACUAUUAUUAUAAGUAAUUGAGUCUAGUCCAUACAUAAAGCGAAUUAUUGAUAUAUCUACUAUGCUUAAAUUGUGACAAUGUUCUCACUAGCGACUCAAUCCCUGCCGACAAUCUUGCUUGGUAAACGAAUUACCACUCCACUGUACACAUGUAUCUAUACAUAAACCCGCGUUAACAAUCCCGUAAUCAAUCGUCAACCCUCAAAUUGAAGCGACCACCGUUAUAAUACUAUUCUUUAAGACUCCAGAAAAAAAUAAAAAAAAAUUUCCACCCUCUCAAUAUUUAUCGAGAUCCGCGAGGAUCGUCCAAGGGAAGUGUCCAGUUUGAGGGUCGACGCCUG